GCUGCUUAUUGUGUAUUUUGCUGCAGAAGAAUAGGAACUUCUGGUCCAAUCACAAAAAGUGAUCUGCCGUGGAAAGAUAUCAAAGAAGAGCCCUCUGGAUUCUUAAUCUCUCUGACCCAGCAUCGAAGACUGGAUACUUCCAUUCUUGAUAGAUAGCAGACUUCGUGUUUCAUGCCUGUUUUACCUUCCCUGUCAGUAACUUUUCUGGCAUGUAGCUGCUUCUUGUUUUCAUACCAGAAAUCUUUGAGAAGCCUGCUCCAUGCUACUUCCCUGCAAGGGCAGAACCUGGUGGAGUAGGACGUGGGGCAAGUCUCCCAAGGAAAUUUAUUCUUGAGAGGAUGAGAUAUGUCGUAUUGGGAUUCGCUCCUCUCAGUUGUGACAGACCCUCUCCAUUGGCUCCAAUGGAAUCCAAAAACAGGUUCACCUUGUCCAGGAAAAAUUUCAAAAUUAACUGGAUCACUUAUUCUCGGAGGUUUCGUAUUUAUUACAUAUGAAGUUCUGGCCCUAAAGAAGUUACUGACACUUGAUACUCACGUUGUACAGCAAGAGAAACUGAAGUCCUAUAUUUAUGUACAUACAGUUUCUUUAGAUCCCGGUGAAUGUCAAGGAAUCCUAUACAAGGCAAGAAAAGAACUUCAUAAAGUAGUGAGGAAAAUACUAGAAACCGAAGCUAAAAUUCUCCGGAGACCUUUUGAUGAACAUUUUAGUACAUUUACAGAAGAUAAUGAAUGUGCCUUGUGGGUCCUCUUGAAGAGAAGUCAAUCAGAAGACAGAACCAUUCGACUGCAGGCAGUGCAGCAGCUGGCAGAGAGUGGUCACUGGCAUGAUUAUCAAUAUAGGACGGUUGCCCAAGCCUGUGAUCAGAAGACUCUGAUUGGUUUGGCCCGAUCCAAGGAUAUUGAUCUUCGUUUUUUUCUGCCACCACCUCACUUACCAAAAGUAAAAGAUGAUUAUGCUAUCGAAGAUGAGCUCCGAUUGUUAUUGGUAUCUUUACCUCAGACUGAUCUUGAGCAGUGUGUCCAGUACUUCACAUCUCUGGCUUUAAGAGAAAGCAGUCAGACUCUAGCUGCAAAAAGGGGGGGCUUGUGGUGUUUUGGAGGAAAUGGGCUUCCUUAUUGCGAGACUUUGAGUAAAGUCCCUUCAGAGACAGUAGAACUCUUCUGUUUACAAGCUUUAGUGCAACAUUCCAAGGUUUCUACUCAUUGUGAUAAAAUUGAAGCAAAUGGAGGCCUGCAGCUACUACAGAGGAUAUACCGGCUUCGUAACGAUUCUGCGAAAAUACAAAGGAACAUAAUUCGCAUCAUUGGCAAUAUGGCUUUGGAUGAACGUCUUCAUUCAUCCAUAGUACGUGCAGGUUGGGUUUCCAUACUAGCUGAAGCAAUGAAGUCUCCUCAUGUCAUUCAGUCUUCACAUGCAUCCAGAGCCCUGGCUAAUCUGGACAGAGAGACAGUGCAGGAAAAGUAUCCAGAUGGCGUAUAUGUUUUACAUCCACAGUACCGUAGCAGUCAGCCCAUUAAAGCAGACGUCCUUUUUAUUCAUGGUCUUUUGGGAGCAGCAUUUAAAACCUGGCGACAACAAGACAUUAAUCAGCCUUUGGAUGUAAAGGCUUCUGAAGGGGAAGAGAUUUACAGUGAAUGCUGGCCAAAGACAUGGCUAGCCUCAGACUGUCCUUCGCUUAGAAUUGUAUCUGUGGAGUAUGACACCCACCUGAGUGACUGGAAAACAAAGUGCCCUAUUGAGGACCACAGGAAAUCUAUUGCUUAUAGGAGCAAUGAGCUUCUUAACAAGCUUAGAGCUGCUGGUGUUGGAGACAGACCUCUGGUAUGGGUAUCACAUAGCAUGGGGGGUCUUCUAGUUAAAAAGAUGUUGGUGGAUGCUUCCAAGAACCCAGAAAUGGAUAAAAUUGUAAACAACACCCGAGGAAUCAUAUUUUACAGUGUACCUCACCAUGGCUCCCAGCUGGCUGAAUACUCAAUGAAUGCUAAAUAUCUUCUCUUUCCUUCUGUGGAGGUUAAGGAACUCAGCACAGAUUCUCCUGCCCUUAAAGAACUGAAUGAUGAUUUUCUUUCAUUUGCUAAAGAUAAGAAAUUUCCAGUCUUGAGUUUUGCAGAAACCUUACCAACGCAUAUAGGUAGCAUGGUGAAACUUCAUGUGGUACCUGUGGACUCAGCAAAUUUAGGCAUAGGAGACCUAAUUCCAGUGGAGGUUAAUCAUCUGAAUAUAUGCAAGCCAAAGAAAAAAGAUACUUUCCUAUACCAAUAUACUGUAAAGUUUAUUCAAGAUGCUUUAGCAAGAGAACUGGGAAGUUGAGUCUUGAUCAUCCUUGCUUGCUUCUCCCUCAGAGUGUAAUGCAACAGAGUCUUUCCACUGAAACUGUUGGCAGGCCUCCAGAACUAGACACAAUAUUCAUAAUAAAAUCAGCUGUCCAAGGGGCUUUGAAUACAUCUUCUACUUGGAAAUCUACAUUGUCUAUAUCUGAAAUGCAUUCAAAAUAUAUACAAACUCAACCACAGACCCAGAAAUCUGGCAAUAAAAGGUGAAAGUCUGCUGUGA